UGCGCCGACUGGUUGUUCUCGCGCCCCUAAGCAGAUCGGUUGCAGGCUGUAAUCGGUAAUCGAAUUUCGAAAACAAGUCGGUUUCUAUUUUGAAGCCCUACGCGGGCGAGAAAAUAACAACAUUGAUAGAGUUUUUGCGGAUCGGGAUUGAGUGAUUAAUCUAAACCUGCCUGGGGUUAAGGAUUGCCAGAACAAAGCCUGCGACGGACUACGUACCUCGCUAGCAGCGUUUUAAGCUAUCAUAGCAGAUGAGAAGGCGAUUGACGAAACGGACCAAAACAAAAGUGGGACCGGGAAUUGACUGGCCAUAAAUUAUACAACGCCUCUAUAAUGCCUUAUCAUUAGCACGCAUCAUUUUCUGCCGCAGGAAGACACCGACAAAGGCCGACUACAACUCAAUUUGGACCUGAUGUGCCAUUCUCGCGCUGUCUCGUAAAAUAUUGUCAUAAAUUAACUUUAUACUCUGUUCCCUGACCGCUCGUUGUCACCGUCCCGAAAUCGGCUGUCCACCUGUGCGGUCGGAGUUCAGACGGCCCCUAAUCGACCUUAUCAUCCUACCUGACGCUGAGUCAAGUGUUUCAGUGAGUGCUUCAUGCAUGGUCGUGUGUGACCCUAAGUUCCUUAAAUUACCUUGAUGCUGAGGUAAAUAAGCGCCAGCAAAUUUAGUAUUUAUGCAAUAAUAAUAGGCAUACCAAUGGUGCCAAUCUGUAAGACAACGCUGAAGUGAUGCUUGCCUGACAAGCAAUAAAUCUAGUUAUAUUUACACAUAUUAUCGGCGGGCCAUAUCGGGUCGAUCGCGACAAGUGUCAAGUGUUCUUUAGUACAACUGUCCCAGUCGAAAAGGAUUAUCCGGGAACAACAGUGCACAGAAUUGUUCGAGAGGCGGUAGGCUUGCGAACGCAGCUCACAGCCUAAACAACGACAAACAUAUCACACCCGACGGAUAUCAUCCUUGGAAAUAGACCUCGGGUCAUUCCAAAAGACGCACAUGGGCGUCUGCACCGAGGAGCGCCCUGUGAUGCAUUGGAGCUCAAUUCAUACAAGGAUCCAUGAGGGGAUUUGUUGUGAAAUGUGGUAAUCAAAAACAGCAGAGCGCAAGAUUUCUUGGGCCCGGCGCAAGGGAAAAAAGUCCAACACCACCUGUAGCACAUCAAGGGAGCAGUCAAUGUGGCAGUGCUGCAGGUGCAAGUAACAAUCACCCAUUAUUCCGAGCAUGCUCCUCAUCCGCGUGUCCUGAUAUUUGUGAUCAUAGUACAAAGCCAUUGGGCAAUGCUUACGGCACCGAAUCAUUUAGAAGCUAUGAAACAGCGGAGCGCGCCACCUUCGAGGACUCCACGGCAAAAUUUUCGAUCAGCCGCAGUCGUACAGAUUGCACGGAGGUGAGCGACGAGACGACGUCGGGAAUAUCAUUUAAAACGGAGCCCUUCGGGCCGCCCAGCAGUCCCGAGUCUACCAACGAUAGCAAAAUUGGGCGCAGCCUUGAUGACUGUUCCGGGUGUGGGCGGCAAAUUCAGGAUCGUUUCUACCUCUCCGCUGUGGAAAAACGAUGGCACGCCAGCUGCUUACAGUGCUACGCCUGUCGGCAACCGCUGGAACGGGAAUCCUCAUGCUACUCACGUGACGGCAACAUUUAUUGCAAAAACGAUUAUUAUAGUUUUUUUGGUACUCGCCGCUGCUCCCGCUGCCUGGCUUCGAUUAGCUCCAACGAGCUGGUUAUGCGCGCCCGGAAUCUUGUAUUUCACCUCAACUGCUUUUGCUGCACCGUCUGCCAUACGCCCCUGACAAAGGGAGAUCAGUACGGUAUCAUCGAUGCGCUCAUAUACUGCAGGACCCACUACAGUAUAGCGAGGGAGAGUGACGCCGCAUCGUCCAGCAUGAGCGCCACGUACCCGUACAGCGCCCAGUACGGAUCGCCGCACAACGACUCCUCGAGCCCGCACUCGGACCCUAGUCGGAGCAUUGUUCCUACGGGCAUAUUUGUGCCCGCGUCCCACGUCAUUACCGGACUGCCGCAGCCUGCUCGUCAAAAGGGCAGGCCACGCAAGCGCAAGCCCAAGGACAUGGAGGCGUUCACCGCAAGCAUAGAUCUCAACACGGAGUACGUGGACUUUGGCCGUGGCUCGCACUUGAGCUCCUCGUCGCGGACAAAGCGAAUGCGGACUUCGUUUAAACAUCACCAACUGCGUACCAUGAAGUCCUACUUCGCUAUCAAUCACAAUCCCGACGCCAAGGAUCUGAAGCAGUUGUCGCAGAAAACGGGUUUACCAAAGAGAGUCCUACAGGUCUGGUUUCAAAAUGCUAGGGCCAAAUGGCGCCGCAUGAUGAUGAAGCAGGAUGGCAGCGGUAUGCUGGAAAAGGGCGACGGCGCUCUAGACCUCGACAGCAUUUCGGUGCACAGUCCUACGUCCUUCAUAUUAGGCGGCCCAAACAGUACCCCCCCACUUAACCUGGACUAACGGAUGCUCAGGGAAAGCAGAAAUAGAAUGAUAGGGGCAAACGAACAUGGCGCUGCAAUAAACUUUUACAUCGUACGACCAUAUCCCUGUUGUCACUUCGUUUAUCCUAUCCGAGAUUCCGGACCAAGAUUGUGUGAAGAUCCGGCAUGGAUAAUUCUUGAAUGGUACUGACUCGUUGGAAUGAAAUAAAAUCGAAAAACAAGCUUGGCAUUCAAAAAUUCGAUGGAAUAAGUCGUAUGCGUAGAUAAUAUUGACAAGCUUCCUGUCUGUUCAAUUGCGCAUAAGUUAUGUAUUUUUGUAGUUGCUUAUUGGCCAUUGUCAGCACCUCACGGCUAGUUCUUGCCUCCGAUGUUGUUUCUGUAGAUCUUUCGUUAAUUUGUAAAUAUGUACUGGAAUUUUAUAUGUAUACUUACACGGAUACUGUUAAUAUAUUAUAACUAUUAUUAUUAUUAUUUAAAGAGCUUACGACAUUAUGUAUGUACAUAAUGUGCGUGCAUCUACUUAUAAUGAUAUUCAUAUACUCUCAGAAAUCAAAAUUACCUAAAAGUUUCUGAAAUUACCUAAAUUUUAGUAAAAAUUAGCUCAUUGUUGAUUGUACGAUAUACAUUCUAAAUAAGGAUCAAGUAUCUGAGGGAUACAUAUCCUUAACCAUAUUUAUAGGUAAUUUUUCCUAAAAUUUAUAUAAAACUCCCAUCGUUUGGUAAUUUUUAAAUUUAAAUUUAAAAUUUAGGUAUUUUUUCGAAAGUUUUAGGUCAUUUUGUUUUUUUUGGAUCUAUGUUUAUACAUAUUUUUAUAUAUGUAUCUAAUAUUUAUUACCCAAAUUAAAUAGUUAGAGAUGAAUUUAGUUUAGCGAGGGCAGUCCAUACAAUAGUGCAUAUGAACAUGUAGUAUCAAGAUAAAGUAAUAGGUUCGCCUACGUUGACAGACAGAUUCGAGAAACUGUCAUUAUUGUCGAGGCACUGGAGACAGAGAGAUUUGUACUUACAAAUAAUUUAAUUAUAAGUCUUACAAUAGAAGCCAAAUAAAAAUUAUUGAAA